GAAGGUCCUUAUCACACCAUUAUCGAAAAUCGCGGGAACGUCAUUUUACUGGGCGAUUCAAUUGGUGACAUACAUAUGUCCGACGGAAUUCAACACGAGACUUGUUUGACUAUAGGAUUCUUAAAUCAUAUGGUUGAAGAUUUAAUAAAUAUCUAUUUAGAAACGUUCGAUAUUGUUGUAGUCGAUGAUGGACCAAUGGAUAUAGUAAAUAAUAUCCUAGAUGCUUGUUCUAAAGACUCAUAUAGAACUGAAAUUGUGCAACUUGUCGAUUCGGUCGAUUUCCAGGAUUUAUGGGAAUGGCUUAUAAACGAAAUGACAGAAAUUUGUAUGCUUGUAGCGUUUAUAGUCGUUACUGAUUUUUAA